UCAAUCUAUGCUUUAGUCUGUGUGUUUGUCUGUAUACAUGUUUACUUGUGCUAUGCCAAUUUUUACCCUACUAUGUCGCCACAUCGUAGCCAAAUAAUAACAUUAGUCCAUUUUAUUCAGUGAUAUGGAUUUUAACACUUAACACACCAAGGUUACACUAAUAACAAUGGUUUUCAGUUCCUGUAGGAUUUCUAUUGUUAUCCUCCUUUCAUGCAGGAUAUCUGUUGUUUGAAACAAUCCCUUUUAUGAAUUUCAAUAACGUAAUUAGAAGAUGAAGUUUAUCUGAACAAUGUGAUGUAUUUACGCAAUACACAUUUCGAAUAAUCUCAUCACACACUUACUUGUCAAGUCAAUAAAUAUUAAACCGAGGACUACGGGGGACAAAUACAACAAUUAACACAAUAGGGGAUUAAAAUUAAGAAAGAUAAGAACAAAAGGGAAGUGACCUAGUUGAUGCUAAUCUAGGAAAAUACUUUUCAUCCGAACCAUAGAAAGCUAACAAAUUUCCAGACGAAAAUUAUUCAUCAACAAUAAUUUGUUGUAUAUAAAAUCACAUAUGAUACUAAGCUUCUUAUUCAUUAAUUUGUUCAAUACAUUCAUUGACAAGUUCAUCUAACGACGAUAUCAAUGCUUAAAUUAUUGAUAGAGUCAUUUUUCCCCGCUGAUAAUUUAUCAUUACUGUUAUUCUUCCUUCAUAAUAAUUAAAUAAAAUGAGCAUUUCAAUCCAGUCUGGAUGUCUUUCAGUCAGUCUUUUAUCCUCCGUAUUACUUAUUCAUCUAUUGUUCAAAACAGCUAGCGCCAGUUUGCAGAUUAUACCACAGUUUACAGGCCUACCUCCUUCUAUCUCUCAGUUCGUAUAUCCUUCAAGUGAUGAUAUCACUUUUCCCCCACUUGAACUUGUAUGUCGAGCAUGGCCACCUAAUUCAAAACUGCAUAUUCUGGCUCAACAGUCGACAUCCUCAAUGUUAACCGAUCAAACGUAUGGUUUAAAUCCGAUUGUUUCAACUUCACUCAUCGCUGGGAAUCCUAAUAAUAAUAAUAAUAAUGGAUUAAUACAUCUCCCUCAAGGUCUUGGUAGUCAACGACAUGCUAUACUAUCGGCUUCACAAAUCAAUUCUCAUCAUUCAAGCUCAGAUGCCAAUUUACUGAACACUAACGGUGGUGGUGGUAGUGUUGGUCAUCAGUUUGUAAAUCCACUUAUCAUUCAUGAGACAGCAGCAGAUGCAGUUCGUGAUAAUCCUGCAGCUGGACCUCAUGAUGAAGUUGCUAUUCGUCUCAUAGUAUCAAGCCAAUCUGAAUUAAGCCAAAUGGAGUUGAUGAAACUUCAUUGUUCAGUUUCUACUUCAUUUGGUCGUAAAUUAAGUUCACCGUUUCGUGUUCUACCUGCUAGUUUAGGUUCAUUUCCGUCGUCAAGGGAUGCUGGCACUUCUUCAUCUCAUACUGAGAAUGUUGAAUUUCUUCGAGGAAAUAUAGCAAUUGUUGAUUGUUAUUUACCAACAAACAGUUUUCCAAAACCUUUAAUUGAAUUUGAGUUGAACAACACCGUCAUUGAUCUCACAGCUUUACAUAAUGAAAAAUAUCAUCAAAUCAUUCGACCAGAUAGAAAACGAGUUAGUCUGUUAAUUCAAAAUUUUCAACCUCGUGAUUGUGGUAUCUAUCGUUGUGUAGCAAUAAAUCCACUGACUAGAGAAAAGAAAUAUUCACCUGAUGCAGUGAAUUUAAAGAUUAUCAUCCCAGAUGUUCCUGUUGCUGGAAAAAUUCGUGUCCCUAUGGCAUCUGAAUCAAUUGAUCCUCGAAAUACAGCUGCAUCUCAAGAGAUAUUUGUUAGAGAAGGUGAAAAUAUCACCUUAUUUUGUAUUAUUCAAAGUGCUCCACCUCAAAUGGUUACCACUUAUCCAUUUGAACAGAAUUCAACUGCUCAUAAUCGAUUUCAUCGAAAUAAUUUAUUUGGAUUAUUAGAGAUAACAAAUGUACAUCCAAGUGAUGCUGGAAUAUAUAUUUGUACAAAUCGUCAACUAAGUUCUACAGCUCAAUUACGUGUUCGGAGACGUUUACGAUUGAUUAUAAAACCACAAGAUGUCUUUGUUAAUCAUUUGGGUGAAACUGUUCAAUUCAAAUGUACAUCUUCUAGUGAUCAAAUUACACCUUAUUGGUUAUUCAAUGGACAGCCUAAAAGUACAGGGAUUGGCAAAAGUGCUUACACCAAAAUCCAUGGUAAUCACAAUACAUUAACGAUAACGAAUGUAACUGUAUAUGAUAUAGGAAUUUAUCAAUGUAUUGCGCAUAGAUGGGAUCCAGAACCAGAUUUAGAGGAAUGGGUAUCUGCUUCAGCUAUUCUAGCAAUGAAUUCAGAUAAAAUUAUACGUACACCUCAAGAAUUAUCUGCAUUACUACCAGCUCCAAAACAUACAACAUUGGAAGAAAAACCACCAGAAAUUAUCACAGAAAGUUUAACACCAAUUGCUGAACCAGUCUAUGAUAAUUUAGCAGUGUAUAUAACAUGGAAAUUAUACACAAAACCGGAAUCGUCGACAACUAAUGAAAAUACUGGACAAAUCGCUUAUCGUGUAGAAUAUUCAAUGCAGAUUAGUCCAACAGAAAGACAAUAUAUUCAUUCAAAUAUCAAUCAUAAUCUAGAAGAAAAUAAUGAUAAUAUGAAUACUAGAAACACUAGUAAUAAUAUGGAUAACAAUAAUACACCAUCAGAUUUAUCUGAUCUGCCAGCUUUAAUUGGUUUACUUGGUCAUGAAGCUAUACGUUGGAGUGAUCCAACUGCACUUAAUCAACAAUUUUCUUCACCGUAUGCUUAUGCAACUGGUGAUCCAUUAGAACCGGGUAGACGUUAUCGUUUUCGUGUUAUACCAGUGGAUCCUUCAACUGGACUUCAUUUAGCUCCACCAUCAGGUUGGUCGAAUAUUGUAAGUAUGGAGCAUAUUAGUCAAGUUGAACCACCACAAAUAAAAGUUGUUCGACCUAUGUCUGAAGGUCAAGUUCACGUUGUAUGGAUGUUUAAUGGUAUAGGCGGUCAUCCAAAUCCUAAUGAUUUAAAUAUAUUAUCAAGAUCAAGUUCUUCACAGAAAGACUUAUCAAUUCAACAUCUAUCAUCAACUAGUGGUGACGGUGGUAGCACUUCUUCACUAUUUUCUAAUCAUGUUCAAGCUGAACAAUUAUUUAUGCCUGAUCAUUUUCUUAUACUUGCUCGACCUGUCAUUAAACCGAAACGUGGUUCUGGUGGUUCUAUUGAAUAUGGAGCUUAUUGGGCUACACAAGUGAAUGGUUCCAAUGCUAGAGAUGGACUGCUAACAGGUUUGAAUAAUACAGCAAACUAUCAAAUUAUUGUCUACGGUGUCAAAGGGAUUGGAGAUAAUCGACAGAUUACACGUUUCUCUAAAGCUGUUUAUGUCAAUAUGGCUUCUACUGAUUAUACUGGUCGUUAUAGCCUAUUGGAUACGUUGAAUAAUAAUCGUUUACUAUAUAUUAUAUUGGGUGGUAUAGCUGGUGUCAUGUUUCUAGUCAUGUUUAUACUUAUUCUUUUAUGUUUAUGUCGUCAGCAUCAAGAUCGUCGUACGCAUAGUCAACGUAAAAAACAAAAUGGUUAUGUACACGGUUAUAAAGAUUCUCCUGAUUUUCAUACUACGGAUGGAGUAACUAGCGGUGUAAAUAAUCCUCAACUAUCGCAUACUUUAGUUUCUACCAAUCAUCAUAAUAAUAUGAAUACAAAUAAUCCUAGUAUACAGCCUAAUCCUGGUAAUACAACUAUGACAAAUAACAGUACUGCAGGUAAUGUUACAUCUUCCAAUAAUACAAAUGAUCAAGGUAUGCCAACAACAAUGAUGAUGAUGGGUAAUUUACAGUGUAGUGGUCUAUCAGAGCAUUCAAUGUCUAAUAAUCCAGUACAAAGUGAAUUACAACAUCAAAUGUAUAUGCAACAACAAUCAGAUCAAUAUGCUACUGCUUUAGGUAUGUCUAAAGAAAUGUUUCAACAACGUCAAGCUAUAUUAGGCUCACAGAUGCAAUUACAACAACAGCAGCAGCAACAACAACAACAACAACAACAUGGUCAGUCGUAUAUGACUAACCAUCCACCACAUCAUCAAUCACAUCAUUCUCUACUCUUACCAUCUGUUGGUAAUUCAAAUCAAAUGUUAUCUGGGCAUAAUAUACUUCCACCGACAAUGUUUCAUAGUGGUACAUUACCAGGUGGACCACGUUAUUUACGACAACAACAAUCAUGUGGUUCACAUUAUUUUGGUAGUCGACAACCAUUAGAUAGAAAUAUGAUUAGUCCAUCGAAUGCUAUGGAAAUGACUGAACUUUAUCAUCAUCAUCACCAACAACAACAACAAAAUGGAUAUGCUUAUCAACAGCCACAGCUCCCACCGAUUCCGCAUCCACAGUCAUCAUUAUCAUCUGGUCUACCACCGCCUUAUCCAGCGCCAAGUAACAAUGGAACUAUAAAUCGACAAAUGAUAGCAAAUCAACAACAGGUUUAUUAUCCGUCUUCAGUAACACCUGGUGGUACCUCUUUAAAACGUGAACCUCCAACUGGUGGUGGUGGCGGCGGUGUUGGUUCUUUACAAGACGGUUCUGGUUACGGAACAUUACUUCAACGUGGUGGCCCACUGACAGCUUCAAUGAUGACUGAUCCAUCACUUGGUGGAGGUGGUGGUGGUGGUAGUGUACCAAUGAAUGCUGUCUACUAUCGAGGCAGUCAACAAGCAUUGCAUAUGUAUCCGAAUGGAAUGAGUACUCCACAAUCACAACACCAUCCAGGAGGAAUUUAUCAAACACAUCAGCAACAACAACAAGCACUUUAUAUGCAACAACAAUUGCAGCAGGCACAAAUGUAUCCUGGUUAUUUCAGUCCACAACCUCAAUCGCAUAUGGAUUCUAUGGGGCAUGGGCAUCAUAAUUUCAAUCAAACUGACGGAGAGUCAGUUUAUUCAUAUUUUAGUCAACAAGAUAUGAAUCAACCUGGUCCACAUCAACAUUUGAAUCCAUUACCAGAAGAAAAUCAAAUGAAUAAUCAAAGUGAAAAUGGUCCAGGAUUUGUUGAUUCUGGUAUACAGACUGCUGAUAUGAAUGGCGGUGCUGCGACAGUAGCUGUAGGUACGACUACUGAAAGUGGUAGUCCAGCUACAGGUGGUAGUCAUCGUCAUCAUCGUCGUAGAAGACGUAAACAAUCACAACAACAGUCACAAACAUUAUCACAACAAGAACGUCAACCUGAAGAUUUAUCUGGUGGUUCUGAUGCACUUCACAAUUUCAAUCCAGAUGAUGGUGUUAUUAAUGGUGGCAGUAGUGGUAUGGAGCGUCUACAGAAUCAAUGUCAAUCGACUCAUGAUUCACAAAUGGAUUUGGGACUUCAGAAACGACAGCAUACUCUAUCUCCAGGACCAUUUUCUGAUACAGAUCCUUCUAUGUCUGGUCAAUCUAAUCUACCUGGUCUUCAUUCGUAUCCACAUGGUAAUGGAUCAAUGGAACCUCCAUCUAUGUCAAGAUAUGUUCGUUAUGAUUCACCUCAACGUGCUCCAUCUGUUUUGGGUCAAUUGCCACCGCCCAAUCAACCUCCACCUCCACCUCCUCCACCAGCUGUAGCUGCUAUGGCGUUUGCAUCAAAUAUGAAUAGUUCAGAUCAUAGUCAUCAUAAUUCAAUGACCUAUCAACAUCAUCAUUUCAAUCCAGACUCCUUGUCGCGUCAUAAUGGUGGUGGUGGUGGUGGUAGCAGUGGUUCCGGUGUUUAUCAUCCAUCAGGUUCUGGUACUGGUCUACUAGUUGGUCCACCACCUCGUAUACGUGAUUAUUCUGAAUACGGUAUCCCUAGAGGUAUUGGUUUACCGCCUACUCCAGCUGGAGGUGGAGGUCAACCUCAACCACCACAACAUAAUGUUAUCAUGUCAUCCAGUGGAAAUAACAAUAAUGGAAAUAUAUAUUAUGAUGGUCAUUAUCGUGAAGGACAAGCCUAAAUCCACUAUAUUCUCUGUGUCUAUCAAUAUGAUUAACCCUUUCUCUUGAUCAUCAUCUUUUCUCCCCGUUUCUUCAUCAUCUCAUGAUGCUUUUAUAUUCAUAUCCAACCAUAGAAGUUCAUGGCCACCGCGUUUCAAGCUUACCCGGCUUGUCCUAGGUUACAAUAUGAUUAUUACUAUGCAUUGAAUUGAUAUGACAUUGCAUGAUCCAUUUGCUUUUUCUUUCACUUCUAUAUCGUUUUUGUUUUUUCUUUUUUUAAAUGUUCCUUACUCUUGUUUAUCUUUCUUUCCAUUUUUUCUGCCUUAUCAAUCAAAAGUAUAAAAAAAAAAAUAAUUUCAGGUUUUACACUUAAUAUAUAUGACAAUCAUUCUCUGUAUGUUGUCGAUCUCAUAACAAUCAAAUUUCAUUUUCUUAUUUAAUUAUUGUAUAUUUAGUUAUUUAUUGUUUAUGAAGAGAUUGGAUCAAAGCAGCUGGAUACCUUUCUCUUUUUUUUGUAUUUGUUUUAUUCCCCCCCUCCCCUCCUUUUUUUUCGGAGUCUGUUCAUCUUUAUACUUUUUUUUCAUUGUCGAUUGUAUUCAGUAUUUAGGGGGGGGGGGUAUAACACGUUGUUUAUUAGGCUUUUUGUGUCAAAGAAUUCGCUGUCACCAUCAUCAUCAUCAUCUAGUAUGUACAGUCAAUGUUUGUUUUGACCGCUUCAUUUUAUUUCUCUCUCAUAUACACACUACUCACAAGUGGUAUUAGUAGUAUGAUUAUAUAAGUAGUUAUUAUUAAUAUCUUGUUUUUUCUGUUUUGGGCCAAUUUUGCAUGUAUUCUUGAUUAAUUAGUUUUAUCCUUUCUAUUACAGAAAAAAAAAUCUUGUUUUUUUAUCUCUCUAUGUAUUAUUCUACCGGUUAGUUAUAUAUCUACUUGAUUGAUUCAUUUAAUGAAAAAGGAGAGAGGAGAGGGAUAAGUAUUGUAAUUUGUACAGAGGUAAGUAUUUGUUUACUAUGACUAAAUCUUAUUUGUUUCAAUAUAAUAAUGAUAAAGGAUUGAUAUUCAAUGGGUUAUAUAUCAUUUUACCUGAUAUGCCUUAAUUAUUUAUUUGCUUUGCUCCAUCGUUAUACAUAUAUAUAUAUAUAUAUAUAUAUAUAUAUAUUAAUAUAUAUAUAUAUACAGAGAGAGAGAGAGAGGCGUUAUCUUGCUUUUCGAUGUUCACAGAGGUGGUGAAAAAAUUCAUUGGAAUAUAAUUAUCCUUUAUAAUCUGUGUAAUUUCCAAUUGCCUUUACAUGCUUGUAUGUUCAGACCUCGAAUAAUAAGUCGUAGAUGGAUGAGGGAACAGGAGAAACAAAGUAUUCCCGGUUUUUAUCUCCAAUUGCCUGUUAGAAGACUUGUUACAUCAUUACCACUAUAUGAUAAUCGUAAUUGUAUGCAACAGUAAAAGUAUAUCUUGCUUUUAUCUUUUCUUUUCAUAUAUCUAUAUAUAGUGUUCUUGUUUUUCUCAGAAAUCUUUGGCGGUAUAGUUUGAAGAGAUUUUAAUUUUUCACUGCUUUCUUUCUUUUAGUCUGUUUAUCCGAUGAUAAUUGAAUGCUUAGACUUGGAAUUGUCGUGUAUACGCUGCUUUUUUUCUUUCUUCUAUGCCAGUUGUUGUUUCUCUUUAAACUUUAAUUUUCACCAUUUUUAUUCCUAUUGUACCUACCUAUCAUCACUAAUAAUCAUAGUAAUACUGAUAUAAAUCAUGCAUUAUUGUGUUGAUUGUAAAGUCUUUAAAUAGAACAAGACGUUCACCCUCGAUUACAACAUUGAUAC